AUUUUGAUGAGGAAAAAUCGAAUUGACUGAGUUUGAGUUUGACAAACGCAAAAUUCGCCGCCUACCCGUCCCAUUUCCAUGCCUAAUGCCAAUUAUCCACGUAUACAGACAACAACUGUUCUUUUGCAGGUAAGGCAUGACCGAUAAUUAUGCUCUAAAUCCAAAACAAAACACUUCCCAAAAUACCUUUUUUUUACUCGCAUUGAGAAUAAAGUUCAAAUUUUCACUUCAGCUCACAAAUUUGGUGAGUGAAAAGAUGAAUUGAAGCGGCGGAAGUAACUGGUGAGUGAACUAAAAAACUAGAAGAGAUGAUAAUUUCAAUAACGGCUUUAUUCUCAUACAAAUGAUUCAUCAUCUUUCACUUUUUCAUCAUUCAAGGUAACCCUUACCCUAUUCCUCUCUAAACCCACUUUUUUUUCACCAUAAAGUUUCUAAUUUUCAGUAUAAAGUUUCUACCUUUGGAAUCAAUCUAUGGUUUUUGAUAUGGACAAGAGUAUUUAUUCCUUUUUAACUAUACACCGUUGGGAAUCUCUUAAUAGGAUGAAUUAUAGGUUAGGUUCUCUUAGACCUGUUCAUGGAAUGUUAGCUUUGAAAUUUCUCAAUUGGGUCAUCAAACAACCUAAUUUGGAGAUGAAUCAUCUAACUCAUAUAAUUUCCACUACUACCCAUAUACUUGUUAGAGCUAGAAUGUAUCAUUUUGCAAAAACAACAUUGAAACAAAUGUUACAUAUGCCUAUUGGUUUCAAUAAUGUUUUUAAUGCUUUGAUGGAGACAUACCCUUUUUGUAAUUCAAACCCUGCUGUUUUUGACCUACUCAUUAGGGUUUGUUUAAGUGAAAACAUGGUUGGUGAUGCUGUGAAUACUUUUCGCUUGAUGGGUUUUCGAGGGUUUAAGCCGUCUGUGUAUACUUGUAACAUGGUGCUAGGUUUGUUGGUGAAGGACCAGAACGUUGAUUCGUUUUGGUCCUUUUUCAAAGAAAUGAUUGCCAAUAGGGUUUCUCCUAAUGUCGCUACGUUCAAUAUAUUGUUGAAUGGUUUGUGUGAACGUGACAAGUUUAAAAGUGCUGGUUUUCUCUUGAAGAAAAUGGAAGAAACCGGUCAUUUUCCAACUCCGGUCACUUAUAAUACUCUGCUUAAUUGGUAUUGCAAGAAAGGAAGGUAUAAGGCAGCAUCCGAGCUUAUUGACUUCAUGGCGUGUAAGGGUAUUGCGGCUGAUGUUUGUACAUAUAAUGUGUUGAUAGAUGAUUUGUGUAGAAAAAGCAGAAGUGCAAAAGGUUAUUUAAUAUUGAAAAGGAUGAGGAAGAGUAUGGUGUAUCCUAAUGCGAUCACAUACAAUACUCUUAUUAAUGGAUUUGUUAAGGAGGGGAAGAUUGGAGUUGCUACAAAAGUUUUUGAGGAAAUGUCAUCAUGUAACUUGUUACCGAACAUUAUUACUUACAAUACUUUGAUUGUUGGUCACUGUAGCAUUGGCAACAUUGAGGAGGCAUUGAGACUUUUUGAUGCGAUGGUUUCACAUGGUUUGACACCUAAUGAAGUGUCGUAUGGGACUCUUUUAAAUGGAAUAUCCAAACACGCUGAAUUUGGGUUGGUUUCUAUUGUUCUUGAGAGAAUGAGGAUGAAUGGCGUGAGAGUCAGUCAUAUUAGUUAUACAUCAAUGAUCGAUGGAUUGUGUAAGAACGGCCUGCUUGAAGAAGCUGUACAGUUGCUGGGUGAUAUGUUAAAAAUUUCUGUCAAUCCUGAUAUUGUUACAUUUUCAGUACUUAUUAAUGGGUUUCUUAGAGUGGGGAAGAUAAAUAAUGCAAAGGAGAUAAUGUGUAAAAUGUACAAGACCGGACUCGUGCCAAACAGGAUUUUCUAUUCAACAUUAAUCUACAACUACUGCAAGAUGGGAAACCUAAAAGAGGCAUUAAAUGUUUAUGCAGUUAUGAACCGCAGUGGUCAUGUUUCAGAUCACUUUACUAGUAAUGUGUUAGUUGCCACUUUUUGUAGAUGCAAAAGACUUGAAGAGGCUGAGUAUUUUAUGGACCACAUGAGCAGGAUGGGUCUUAAGCCUAGCUCUGUUGCUUUUGAUUACAUCAUAGAUAGUUACGGAAAUUCUGGUGACACAUCAAAAGUGCUCUCUAUGUUUGAUAAAAUGAAGAGUCUAGGCCAUUUACCGAGUCAGUUCACAUACGAGGGUCUAUUGAAAGGACUUCUUAUUGGAGGACAUAUUAAUGAAGCCAAAACAUAUCUGCAUAGACUUGGUAGCAUUCCUUAUGCCACUGGUAGUCUUUUCUACAACACAGUGCUUACUUUGACAUCAAGAUCAGGAAAUUUAUCGGACGCAAUUACCCUUCUUGAUGAGAUGGUUAUGAAUGAUUUUGUGCCUGACAGCUAUACAUACACUAGUCUUAUUGCAGGACUAUGCAGGAAGGGUAAAACAGUUGCUGCACUCCUUUUGUCGGGUAAGGCAACUGAAAAAGGAUUAUUAUCUCCAAAUCCUGCUAUGUACACUAGUUUAGUUGAUGGCCUUCUUAAGGAAGGACAUUCAAAAGCUGCUUUAUAUAUUUUUGAAGAUAUGUUAAACAAAGGUGUUCGCCCUGAUACUAUUGCAUUCAAUGUUCUUUUGGAUCGAUACUCAAGGAAGGGAAAACUGUCAAAGCUAAAUGAUAUCCUUUCAACAAUGAAGAGUAGAAGUUUAUGCUUCACCUUGGCUACUUACAACAUUCUUUUGCAUGGAUAUUCAAAGAGGCAUGACAUGGCAAGCUGUUCUAAGUUAUACAAUGAGAUGAUCAGACAUGGUUUUGCGCCUGAUAGGUUAACGUGGCACUCUCUUAUUCUUGGAUAUUGUAAGUCUGGAUCAUUGGAUGUUGCUGUGAAAUUUUUAAGAAGGAUGACAGUUGAAGGUUUUGAAGCUGAUAGUUUUAUGUUUAACAUGCUUGUAAGUAAGUUCUGUGAACGGAAUGAGAUAAAAAUGGCCUUUGAUCUGGUAAAACAAAUGACUAUGUUAGGAGUUACUCCUAAUGCUGAUACAUACAAUGCCCUUUUUAAUGGACUCAUCAGAACUUGUGCUUUUGAUCAAGCCCAUCGUAUUCUGCAUGCCUUGGUGGAAAAUGGCUAUGCUCCCACAUGUAAACAAUUUACCACUUUAAUUAAGGGCAUGUGUAGAAUGGGAAAUGUAAAAGGAGCAAUGGAGCUGCAAGAUGAGAUGAAGAAACUCGGGGUCGGCUCCCAAGGUAUUGCUAUGAGCGCUAUUAUUAGAGGGCUUGCACAUUCAAGGAAGACCGACAAUGCUAUUCCCGUUCUUGAUUUCAUGCUUGAGAUGCGAGUCGUUCCAACUGUUGCUACUUUCACGACAUUAAUGCACACCUAUUGCAAAGAAGCGAAUGUUGCCAAGGCAUUGGAAUUGAGGAGUGAAAUGGAAAAAUUUCAUGUGAAGCUUGAUGUUGCCGCAUACAACGUUCUUAUAUCUGGCCUUUGUGCCGAUGGUGAUAUUCACACUGCUUUUAAACUUUAUGAAGAGAUGAAACAAAGGGAUCUUUGGCCUAAUACCUCUAUAUACAUAGUUCUUAUUGAUUCAAUUUGUGCUGGAAAUUAUCAUAUUGAAAGUGAAAAGCUAUUGAGGGAUUUACAGACAAGGGAGUUGAUGUCUUUAGAUUUGUAUGGAGGCACUGAAAGACCGAAUGAAUUAUUGAUGAUUGCAAGGAAAGAAUUAAUUCAUAUGAGGUACAAAACAAGAAGGCAAUAUGGUUAAUCACAUGAUGCUGAGACAGCAGGUUUGCUACUCAGGUAGGACAUCACAUGCACCAAUUAGGAAAAGAGAAAAGAAGGAUUCCAUCCCUGUGCAUAUCAUUCUGAAGAGAAUGAAGCUAUUAAGCACGUUUUGAAAGAAAAUGAAAUUCUCAUGAAAAGCAGCUUCAGCUGGUGGAAUGCCAGAAAACUACUCCUGAAGAUUUGGAAACAGACCUACUGGCACAAUAAAUGAGAGUUGAUGUGCAAUGCCAGAGAAUAAAGUGGAAAAUCGGGUUGAGUUGCUUGCUGAUUCAAUGCAAGAAAAUCCAUGUAAAAUGUCGACACAAGUGAUAUCAGUCAGUGGUAUAGUCAAUAAAUAUUUUCCAGGGGAAGUCAUUCAGUGCAAGCAAGGAACAUUUGAACAUGCUACUUCUGAACCGGGAGAAGUGAAGGAAGGCACAAAAAAUUCUGGAGUUCCUCUGGCGAUUGAAUAUACAUAUUAUUCCAAGAAAGAAGCUGUCACGGAAGAGUUUUUCUCCUCUCAGUCUGUUGUAGAAGAUGAUUCAAGGCCAGGGAAGCAAUUACCUUUUUGGACUUGAUGAUUGUUAUGUGGUUGAUGCUACAAAGAGAAGUGAGAUUGCAUGAUUUAUUAAUCAUUCUUGUGAGGUACUUGUGCAGUAACAUUAUAUGUUAAAUGCGUGUAUGUAUGUAUGUAUGUAUGU